CAGGCGGACGCAAGCGAGGCGGGGAAGCACCGCGUGGCAAGGACCAAGAUCACCAACAAGGAUUUCGAGAAGUUUGACAUCAAUCCGGAGGCAAUCCUGUGCGGCGCGGACAAGCGCACGACCGUCAUGGUCAGGCACCUGCAGGGGAUUUGUGCAAGGAGGGACUUCCUGUCGUUUCUGGACAGGUGCGGCCUCGGUAAUCGGUAUUCGUUCUUCUACAUGCCGUGCAAGGAGCAUCGUAAUGUUCCAGCAGGCUUCGCCUUCGUGAACUUUGCGUCGCCGCACGACGUGCACACCCUCUACGGCGCGGUGGCGAGCGGCCUCUGGCGGGAGGUGUGCGGCAACUCGCCCACGAAGUUGCCCGCCGUGAGCUACGCCCGCUUCCAGGGCCACGACGACCUGGUGCAGCAUUUCAGCCUGUCGGUCGUGAUCCAAGAGCAGGA